AUGGCGAAAGAACCAGUUCGCGUCCUCGUUACUGGAGCCGCAGGUCAAAUUGGAUAUGCGCUUGUACCAAUGAUCGCAAGGGGGGUGAUGCUGGGAGCUGACCAGCCGGUCAUUCUUCACCUGCUUGAUAUCCCACCAGCUGCUGAGGCUUUGAAUGGUGUCAAGAUGGAGUUGGUCGAUGCUGCUUUCCCUCUUCUUAAAGGUGUUGUUGCUACAACUGAUGUUGUGGAGGCAUGCACUGGAGUCAACAUUGCCGUUAUGGUUGGUGGCUUCCCAAGGAAGGAAGGCAUGGAAAGAAAAGAUGUCAUGUCAAAGAACGUUUCUAUUUACAAGUCACAAGCUUCUGCUCUGGAGAAGCACGCAGCUGCUAACUGCAAGGUUUUGGUUGUUGCUAAUCCUGCAAACACCAAUGCACUGAUCUUGAAGGAAUUUGCACCAUCAAUUCCUGAGAAAAACAUAACCUGUUUGACUAGACUAGAUCAUAACAGGGCUUUGGGCCAGGUUUCAGAAAGAUUGAACGUUCAAGUUUCUGAUGUUAAAAAUGUUAUUAUCUGGGGAAACCACUCAUCGACACAGUAUCCUGAUGUCAACCAUGCAACUGUCAAGACACCAUCUGGAGAGAAAGCUGUCCGUGAGCUUGUUGCUGAUGAUGCGUGGUUGACAGGAGAAUUCAUUACCACUGUUCAACAACGUGGUGCUGCAAUCAUCAAGGCUCGUAAGCUGUCCAGUGCAUUAUCUGCUGCUAGCUCUGCUUGUGAUCACAUUCGUGAUUGGGUACUUGGAACCCCCGAGGGCACCUGGGUUUCCAUGGGUGUGUACUCUGAUGGCUCGUACAAUGUUCCUUCUGGUCUCAUUUACUCAUUCCCAGUCACUUGCCAAAAUGGGGAGUGGAAGAUUGUUCAAGGGCUCUCUAUUGACGAGUUCUCUAGGAAGAAGUUGGAUGCAACCGCAGACGAGCUCAGUGAGGAAAAGGCUUUGGCAUACUCUUGCCUCUCUUGA